AUGUAUGUCCCCACGGUAGCGUUCUUCAAACCCGACGAAGAAGUCGACAUUGCAACUGUCGAGAAACACGCCGUCUAUCUCGCCCGCAGUGGGGUAACCGGCCUAGUAACCCAGGGCAGCAAUGGCGAAGCCGUGCAUUUAGAUCGUGAAGAGCGCAAGGCCAUCACAGCCGCCACCCGUCGGGCCGUCGACGCAGCCGGCUACACCAGCAUGCCAGUGAUUGCCGGCGCCGGUGCCGCCUCAACGCGUGAAACCAUCCAGUUCUGUGAGGAUGCCGGUGCAGCAGGUGCUGACGCUGUCCUCGUGCUCCCACCCAGCUACUACAAGGCGCUCGUGAGCACCGAGUCCAUGCACGCUCACUUCCGAGCUGUGGCCGAUGCCUCGCCCGUUCCUGUACUCAUCUACAACUUCCCCGGCGUGCAGUCCGGCCUCGAUCUUAGCUCGGAUGACAUCGUGGCUCUCGCGGAACACCCCAAGAUCAUCGGGUGCAAGCUCACGUGCGGCAACACGGGCAAGUUGGCUCGUGUUGCGGCGGCGAGGUCUGAUUUCUUGACCUUUGGUGGCUCGGCUGAUUUCACGCUGCAGACGCUGAUUGCUGGUGGAGCGGGCAUUAUUGGUGGGGUUGCCAAUGUAAUACCUCGCUCGUGUGUGCGGGUAAUGGAAUUGUAUCGUGCUGGUAAGGUCCAGGAGGCGCAGAAGGUGCAGGCUGUAGUUGCGCGCGCUGACUGGGCUGCUGUCCAUGGUGGCUUUAUCGCUAUCAAGACUUGCCUGCAAUCCUACCGUGGGUAUGGUAGUCUACCUCGACGGCCUUGUGUUGUCCCCGCUGAUAAGGCUGCAGCAGCCAUCAAGGAGGAGUUCCGGGAGGGGAUGGAAUUGGAGAAGUCGUUGGAGACGGUGUCAUAG